AUGGAUGCCGCAAUCGACCUCACAGACCGCUCCAAAGCUCUGGACCUGAGCAACAUACGCGCGCAGCUGAUUCGCCUCGAAGACACCAUCACCUUCCACCUCAUCGAGCGGGCGCAAUUCCCCCAUAACAAAACCAUCUAUGUCCCCGGCGGCGUGCCCAUUCCAGGCAGCGACCUGAGUCUGAUGGACUACCUCCUCCAAGAGCAAGAAAGGAUACAAUCUCGCGUACGCCGCUACGAGUCACCAGACGAGCACCCAUUUUUCCCGCAAGCGCUCGAAACCCCGAUCCUGGAACCACUACAAUACCCACAAAUCCUAUGGGCAAACGACGUGAACGAAAACGAAACGAUCAAGAAGCGCUACAUUGAAGAAAUUAUCCCCGCCGUCUGCCCGACGAAUCGGGUUGACCGCGGUGCUUCACAGGAGAAUUACGGGUCGUCAGCAUCGGCCGAUGUGAAUUUGUUACAGGCGCUCUCGCGGCGUAUCCAUUUUGGCAAGUUUGUGGCCGAGUCGAAGUUUCAGCAGGAAACAGACAAGUUUGUGCAGUUGAUCAAGGCCGGGGAUCGCCAGGGCAUCGACGAGGCAAUCACAAACAUGAAGGUGGAACAGCUGGUGCUGAAGCGGAUCGAGACGAAAGCGCAGACGUAUGGCAGUGACCCGGUGCUGGAGGAGUACCGUAAUAAGAUUGACUCGGAGGCUGUUGUGAAUAUGUACAAGAACAUUAUCAUUCCCAUAACCAAGGUGGUUGAGGUCGAAUAUCUCAUGCAACGGCUGAAAGGAACGCAAUGGGAGUAA